CCUCUCUCCACUUCACAAUCACAUACUUUGCUCGCACGCGGAGAUGCAUUUUACUGUUUCCUCAAUCAUCUUCGUCCACAUACACACUCCUCUUCUUCAUGCCGCUCUGCCCUCCUGAACGCCGCCCCUCUGAUUUCUUCCAUGUUAUUCGGCUCUGCGUUUAUUGAUUUCUCGAUUGCCUGGUGGCUACUUCAAUGGCGGCUAAUAAAGCUUGGGAGGGCUUCUCCAAAUUCUUAAUUGAUCAAGUUCACAAAUGGGGUGCCAUGAAACCCACUGGCGUUAGCCUUCGCUACAUGAUGGAAUUCGGCUCCCGUCCCACUCCUAGGAACCUCCUUCUUUCUGCUCAGUUUCUUCACAAGGAGCUUGCUAUUCGGAUCGCUCGCCGUGCUAUUGAGCUUGGUGCCCUCCCAUAUGGAUUGUCCAAUAAGCCUGCGGUCUUGAAGGUAAGAGAUUGGUACUUAGAUUCGUUCCGCGAUCUGAGAUCCUUUCCGGAUAUUAAGGAUGGGAAUGAUGAGCAGGACUUCACUAAAAUGAUUAAGAUGAUCAAAGUUAGGCACAACAAUGUGGUUCCUAUGAUGGCUUUGGGCUUGCAGCAGUUGAAGAAAGAUCUGAAUCCUAAAACUGAUUACAAGGAUCUAGAUGAAAUUCAUCAGUUCUUAGAUCGAUUUUAUUUGACUAGGAUUGGGAUCCGCAUGCUCAUUGGGCAGCAUGUGGCCUUGCAUGAUCCAAAUCCACCACCUGAUUGUGUGGGCUACAUACAUACAAAAAUGUCUCCUGUUGAGGUUGCAAGAAAUGCUAGUGAAGAUGCCCGUUCCAUUUGCUUGCGAGAAUAUGGCAGUGCACCAGACAUUAACAUCUACGGGGACCCUAAUUUCACAUUUCCAUAUGUACCAACGCACUUGCAUUUGAUGGUCUUUGAAUUGGUGAAGAACUCACUUCGAGCUGUUCAAGAGCGGUAUAUGGACUCGGACAAGGUUGCACCUCCAGUCCGAUUAAUAGUUGCUGAUGGGCUGGAGGAUGUUACAAUUAAGGUCUCUGAUGAAGGAGGUGGAAUACCCAGAAGUGGUCUUCCUAGAAUCUUUACAUACCUCUAUAGUACUGCAAAGAACCCUCUGGAUGGGCAGUCCGAAAGUGACCUUGAAACAGAAACAAGUAUGGCAGGUUAUGGAUAUGGUCUUCCCAUAAGCCGUUUGUAUGCUAGAUAUUUUGGAGGAGACCUGCAGAUUAUCUCAAUGGAAGGAUACGGCACAGAUGCUUACUUGCAUUUGUCCCGGCUGGGAGAUUCACAGGAACCUCUGCCCUGAGAUUGCUGAUUGGUUUGAAUAGUGGUAUUGAAUAUUAUCAUGCCUUGGGAGGUUUGUGGACAUUUGUACUUGGAAAAUAAUUUGUUCUUAGUUGUGGGUGGUUAUGGUACAGUGCAUAUUGUUCAUCAUCAUCAUCAUCAUCAUCAUCGACGAUUAAUAACUUGAUGAUAAAACUUGAAAUGUAUUAAUGAUUUGCUCAUAUAUUCACCAGGUGAGAGAGGGAGCAGCAUUACUCUAUCACCUGGAGUUAAAAGAGUUCUGCUUA